CGGGGCAUUGCCACAUAGUGUGGGGUUGAUUUCGAUGAGGAUUCUUCAGCUAUGGUUAUUGAUCAUACUAGCUUCUCCGUCUCUGAUGAUGUUGACGGCGACCACACCUUGAUUGCUGCCGACGAUUUAGUGAAAUCUGAUGUCAUCUUAGGAAAAGCCAAAAUCGAGGCUCCCGUUCUCUUCACAGGAGUUGCACAUUCGUUGAACCCUACCAACAAUCUGGUUUUCAAAGUUCUUUCAGCCUCUCCCUCAGCUUAUUCUUCUAACCCAAGCUCGAAGUUGUCUAGUCCCCCUCAGCUCACUGGGUCUACAAUUUCGCUAGUCUCGGUCAUGCAGCGCUCUUCUUCUGAGAAGUAUUUUCAUUCACUACCUUGA